AUGAUUAUGACAAAUGAAGCCGAGAAAGGAAUGGUUCCUGUUGAUCCUUCUGUAGGGGCCGUUUCAACAAACAUCAAAAGUGUGGAAGAAAAAGAAGCAGCAAGAUUGCUCAAUCCAUCAUCGAAUGCUGCAGAAAGAAAACUAAAGCCAGGACGAUUAACAGGCGUCUUAGCCUUUUCUGUAUUUGCUGUGACACUUUCAUCGUUUCAAUUUGGAUAUCAUAUAGGAUGUGUGAACGCCCCUGGAGGACUCAUCACAGAAUGGAUCAUCCAAUCUCAUUCGAACACCUUCAACCAAACUAUUACUAACAAUGAAGCUGAUAUGGCAUGGUCUGUCGCUGUAGCUAUUUUCGCUGUUGGUGGUAUGGCUGGUGGUCUUCUUUCCGGAUGGCUCGCUGACAAAGUUGGAAGAAAAGGAGGCUUGUUGUACAACAACUUGUUCGCAUUCAUUGCUGCUGCAUUGAUGGGCUUAUCCAAGUCUGUUGGAGCAUAUCCAAUGAUCAUUCUCGGAAGACUCUUCAUCGGUUUCAACUGCGGUUUAUCCUCUGGAUUGGUUCCAAUGUACCUGACGGAAGUGUCCCCCAUCAAUCUCCGAGGAAUGCUUGGAUCUUUCCAUCAGCUAUUCCUCACCAUUGCUAUCCUUGUUUCACAGAUUUUCGGACUUCCAUCUCUUCUCGGUUCCGAUGAGUACUGGCCUAUGAUUUUCGCUUUCACCAUUGUGCCUGCUAUUCUCCAAUUGGCUACUCUCGUUUUCUGUCCAGAAUCUCCCAAGUAUACCUUAGCCGUUAAAGGAGAUGAACCCAGGGCAGAAUCCGACUUGAAGAAGCUCAGAGGAUCUGAUGAUGUUUCCGCUGAGUUAGACAGCAUGAAAGAAGAAGUAGCUUCUGCUAAUACUUCUGAGAAACCUUCAAUGGCUUCAAUGUUCUCUUCUUCUCUUCGUUGGCCUAUGACAAUCGCCAUCAUGAUGAUGCUUGCUCAACAACUUUCUGGUAUCAACGUCGCCAUGUUCUAUUCCACCAUCAUCUUCAAAGGAGCUGGACUUUCUACAGAACAAGCCGUAUAUGCUACCAUUGGAAUGGGAGCCGUUAACGUACUGAUGACCAUCGUUUCUGUGUGGCUGGUUGACCAUCCUAAGUUCGGACGUCGUUCUCUUCUUCUCAUUGGUCUGAUCGGUAUGUGGUUCUGUACAAUCUUCAUUGUCGGAGCUCUUACCCUUAACGGAUCAACUGAUGCUACCGGGGCUGUUCAACACCCAUGGGCAAGUUAUGCUGCUAUCGUUGGAGUUCUACUGUUCGUCGUCUCCUUCGCUUGUGGACCAGGAAGUAUCCCAUGGUUCUUCGUAUCCGAGAUUUUCGCUUCUUCUGUAAGAGGUAAUGCCAACUCAAUCGCCGUCAUGGUUAAUUGGUUGGCCAAUUUGGUUGUUGGACUUACCUUCCUUCCAAUCAACAAUGUUUUACAUCAAUUCUCGUUCUUCGUUUUUACUUUCUUCCUCUCUAUUUCAAUUUUCUUCACAUGGAGAUUCGUUCCUGAGACUAAAGGCAAGACUGUUGAAGAAAUUACAGCCGAGUUCGAAAAUAAUCGUCGAUAG